UAUAAAAUAUCUAAAUAAUAAUGAUAAGUUUUAAUUGAAAAUUUUUUAACAAAAAAUUAAAAAUAUGUUAAACAUAUUAAUAAUAGUAUUGUCAGUAGCACUGGUAGGUCAAACUGUGACAUUUCAAACCGAGUCUAAUGGCAACUAUAACUACGGCGAUGUAAUACAUUCAUCAUUACUGUUUUAUGAGGCCCAGAGAUCGGGUAAAUUGCCGACCGAUAACCGGAUCCCAUGGAGAGGUGACUCUAUGCUUGACGACGGCAAGACUGUCGGUUUGGAUCUGACCGGCGGUUACUUCGACGCCGGUGAUUAUGUGAAAUUCAAUUUUCCGAUGGCCUAUACAGUGACUGUCCUCUCUUGGGGUGCCAUUGAGUUUGAGGACGCCUACAUUCGGGCCGGGGAACUUGACAAUGUCCGCAAAGCUAUCAAAUGGGGAACCGAUUAUUUUAUUAAAUGUCACACAAACGAGGAUCAACUCUAUGGACAGGUGGGUAAUGGAGAAGAAGAUCAUGCGGUUUGGAGUCGACCUGAGGACUGGUCAAAGACCGGUAAAGUGAGACCAGCCUACAAAAUAACAUCAAAUAAAGGAGGUAGCGACUUAGCGGGUGAAACGGCCGCCGCAUUGGCCGCAGCAUCGAUGGUGUUCCGUAAGACUGACCCGACAUAUGCCGAUUUAGUCCUAAAACAUGCCAAAAGUUUGUACACAUUUGCUGAUCAACAUCGCGAUACAUACACGAGUGAGAUCACCGAUGCCAUCAACUUUUACAAGUCAUGGUCCGGUUUUGGUGAUGAGUUGGCCUGGUCUGCACUCUGGCUGCUCAGGGCUACCAAUGAUAGCCAAUAUAGAGCACAAGUGGACAAACAUUUUCAAGAGUUUGCCUCUAAGUUGACUGGAAGGCCAUCAGAGUUCGGUUGGGACGACAAGACGGCUGGUGUUCAGGUAUUGGCCGCUCAACUGAUUGGCGAUGAAAAGUACAAGACUAUGGUUAAGACUUUUUGCGAUUGGGUCGUCAAUUCUGCACCUAAAACACCAAAAGGUUUGGUAUAUAUCAAUGAAUGGGGAACUCUAAGACACGCGGGUAAUGUGGCAUUUAUUUGUUUGCAGGCCGCAAAAUUAGGUAUCAAUGAACAGCCGUAUCGUAAGUUUGGUGAAUCGCAAAUUGGCUAUAUUUUAGGUGAUACCGGCAGAAGUUUUGUUGUAGGUUUGGGUGUAAACCCACCUACACAUCCACAUCAUAGAUCAUCAUCAUGUCCUAACCCACCGGCUGUUUGUGAUUACGGCGCUGAAACAAAUCCCGGACCUAAUCCACACGUACUGACCGGUGCUAUGGUAGGCGGACCCGAUAGAAAUGACGUAUACGAUGACAAACGUACCGAUUAUAUGCACAAUGAGGUGGCCAUCGACUACAACGCCGCCUUUCAGGGAUCAUUGACUGCAUUAUUACAUUUUCAAUUGAAAUAAACAUAAAUAAAAUUUAUAUAUACAGUAGAAAUGUUUUAAUUAUAAUUAUUACAAUAUCAGUAUAUGACUUUACUUAUUUAUCACAUUUUUGUUACAUUUAUAGAUACAUCGAAAAUAUAUUAAAACAAUUGUUAUUUAAACAAAUUGUGAAAUAUACUUUUGUGAGAUAUAUUAAAACU